AUGACAAGCUGGGAUGGAGGACAUGGACAUGGUAUGCGCCGUUUGUCCUACCAUUGGGGAACGGGGGGUUCUGAAGGUGGUGGGGAAGGUGCGCACGGCGUCUUCGUGGAAGGAGACACCAUUGAUUCUAGACGGUGGUUGCUGUCGCUGUUCGGUGGGUCGAUCUCCUUUAUACCGGGGUGGGUAGAUGAGGACAGAACGGUUAGUGGGUGUCAGCACUGCGCGGAGUGGGCAGCGCUACCUAUGCGGGUGGGGUGGUUCGACGCGUCACUUUUCGUGUCAUGGAAGGAGCAGUUGGCUUCUUGUUGUCCGCCACGUGCGAUACGGCAGUCCCUGGGAGGGCGGACCGUCUACAGUAAGUUGGACCUCCGAAACGGUUUCUGCAACAUACCGUUGGCUGAGGACAGUAGGAAACACACAGGUUUCGUGGUGAGUGGGGUGGGCACAUUUGAGUGGAAUGUGUUGCCACAAGGACAUCGCUGUUCUCCAGGUCAGUUUCAGCGGAUUAUGGAGCAUGUGUUGGCAGAGGAGAUUCGUUCGGGAGCUGUCAUCGAUUACCUCGGCGAUAUUAUUAUCGCGACGCAUUCUAGAGAGGCUCAUUGGGUCGACGUGGAAGCUGUGUUGAGAAAAUUGAGAUCGUAUGGGUUGGCUGAGGAUAAGGUUGUGCUCGGCUCUGUUGAUAAGGCUGUUCCUAAAAGCAUAAUCAGGGGGGGGACAAGUGAGUGUCCAUCCCGAUAG